AUGAUCCCAUUCCUCUCCGUCCUCUUCCUCCUCCCCCUCCUAACCCACUCCGCCCUGACGCACAACGGCCUUCCCACCGGCCAAACCGUGGCGCCGCCGCCGGUCACUCUGCUAACCCCACCCUCGACGCACUCACACUCGCCCUUCUACACCCUGCACGACCACGUGUGCGCGCACGCCCCCAUCUCGCGUGUGCUGACGGAGCUCUCGUCCAACCUGACUCGCACGGUAUCCGCGGCGCAGCUGUCCGCCAUCAUCGCCGCCGCGGCGCCGCCGCCGGCCACCCCGCUCGUCGUGCUGUUCCACGGCGGCGCGUCGUGCGAGUGGAGCCGCGCCAUCUUUCCGCUGUGGCUGCGCGUGGCCAAGCGCUACCGCACCCUGUGCUUCUUGGCGCUGGACGCGCGCAGCGACUACGUCCUCAACUACAACCUCAUGAUCCUGGGUUUCCCCACUGUGCUGCGCCUGAUUGCGGACAAGCCGCAGGAGGCCUUCCGCGGCAACCGGACCGAGCCUGAUCUCGUCGCCUGGGUCGCCCGCGUCACCGGAGUCGCCCCCAUGCGACCCGACGUCGGCGAUGAGGAGUGGCUGGGCAAGGAGCAAGGAGUCUUGGACAUGAGGCCGACGGACAACCUCAAUUGGACACUGGUCGCGGCCAAUAUCGUCACCGCUUUGAAUGACUUGUAUUUCUUGUGGAAAAUCGGCGGCGGUGUUAGGGGGCGGGUGUGGAAUCGGCACGCUGCCAGGCUGCAUACGGAUUGA